GAAAGCGAAACCGCAUUGACUCUUCGGUUUGCUUCAGCACGGACGGUGUUUACAUCAAUAGAAAUGUCUACUGAGGAUUUCUGUGAGCUGGACUGUGAGUCUUUGGGACCCCUGGACAAUGUACAGAUGGAGUUGAACAAAUGCAAGAAAACGUAUAAAGCAUUACUGAAUGAGCAAAAAAUACUGAGAGACGGCAUUGACAACAACAAAGAAUUUGCUAAGAAAUUUAGAGAGCGAGCUGAGGAGCAGAAAGAGUCAAAUGAGAAUGAAAACAAGAAGCGAAGUAAAAAAAUUCAGUCUGAGAAGGAGAAAUGCAGGGCUAUAGAAAGUCAUAAUACUAAGCAACGGAUGGAGAUCCUGAAAAUCAAAGAGGAGUUGCAAAGCCUGGACAAUAAAAACAGCAGCCUGAAAAAGCAAACUGAGAUCUCCACAGCAGUGCCCGAGAGGAAGGUUGUAUUUGAGGGAAAGACAAAAAAUGGUGCACAUGCUACGAGUUUUGAUGUGAAAUCCCAAAUAGUUUAUCCGAUGGAAGGUGGAACGGCCCUGAUCACCUUUGAGGAGGAGGAUGUGGCCCAGAACAUCUUGAGCCAGCAGAAGCAUUUGGUGGCACUCGGGGAAUGUGGCAUCACUGUACAGGCUAAACCCAUUCAGUUCCUGGUACCCGGCUAUGUUGAGAUGGAAACUCAGGUUUGCUCACACAGAAUCUUAGUCUCCAACUUACCAAUAGAAGAACCAGAAGAGCGAAUACUAGACAAACUGGACAUCCACUUCUCUAGGAAGAGGAACGGAGGCGGUGAGGUGGAGGAAACAGACAUGCUGCACGACUCCAAGACUGUGGUCAUCACAUUCGUGGAGGAUAACGUUGCCAAACCUCUCACAGACAAACAGGAGCAUGAGGUAGACUUUGGUAAAAGGAAGUACAAGGUGAAGGUCACUCCAUUCCUCAAUGGCAAGAUUUCAGAGAUGAAGAUCAGCAAUUCAGUGUGUAUGCGCACAGUUCUGCUUACGGGCAUCCCUGACAUCAUGGACAAAGACAACCUGCAGGACAACCUGGAGAUCCACUUCCAGAAGACGUCUAACGGUGGUGGAGAGGUGGAGGCUAUCAUCUACAACCCUCUGGGCCAAACCAGCACUGCCGUGUUUGAUGAAGACUCUCCUAAAGACAGCCAGACUGAAUGAGAAUGCUAAUGCUGCCUGCACACAACAUAAUAAGAGAAUGAAGCAGACUCCUUCAACUCCUGAUUCCGUCUGUAUACAGAAUGACUAUGCAAUUUCUAUUCACUGCGAUCUUUACCUCAUGAGUCUUUAAAGAAUGUAGACUAUAUAACAAUCAGUCUCUCCAGGAGGUUUUUGUGAGUUUAAUGGAUCUUGAAUUAAAAAAAAAAAAAAAAGUCUAACAAGAUUUUUCUGUAUUUUCACAGCAAAACAAAAGAUUUUAUUCCUAUAAUGCCAUAGGUUUGGAGAAAAGCUGGUCUUUUGGGCAACAAAUUGCAUAAAAUAAAUAUCCUAGAAAAAUCUUGGAGGGACUGAGCAAUGUACUACAUUAAUGGAUACUUUUUUCUCUCGUUUAAAGUUCUUAGUUUUAUUUCUUGUUAUCUGAUAAAUAUAUGUUGGCAGAUUGAGGUAUGGUGAUGGGUUAAUCUUAAAACAUUUCUUUAAAUGAUUGCUAUCUGUACAUAUAAACAACAAAACCUUGAACAUGGCCCUAAAUAAAUAUGCAAAAACUUUCA